CUUAAAGAGAAUGGAGGCCGAUGGCACACAACUCAAGGAGGUUGAGACCCUUGCUGCUAUCGGGGUGUGCUACAUUUGGCUUCGGCAGCAGGCGAUCGUUCUCAGGUGGGUUUAGAUGCUCCAGUGGAAGCCGCUGGAGGAGAUUGAUCGAUUUGUCCAGAACAGGUGUGGAAGAUCGAAGCAAUGCGGGUAGAAUUGCAAAGAAAAAAAGCGCUUCAAAGUUAGAAAAAGAAUUUCAGGGUAGUAUAAAGCUUGGGGAGGCCUGGAAGGUAUUUUGUCACAAGUUCUCAAGGGAUUUUACUCUGGUGGAGGAGGCUACAUGCUCGUCCCUUGUUCAUGGAUUCGUGGAAGCUGAGAAGCUAGCCGAGGCCGAGAAAGUUCUUCGAGUGAUGUUUCAGCAAGGGAUUUUUCCGGCUCCCUUGCUCUUCACCAGCGUCAUCCAGGGAUGGUGCAACGUUGGGAGAACUUUCGAGGCGGUGAAAAUUUUCUCCCUGAUGGAAGAGUGCCACUCUCCAUACCCGGACGUUUACAACGUUCUGAUAGACAGCCUUUCGAAGAGGCAGGAAACAGAGGCCGUAAAGAAGAUGGUGCAAGUGAUGGUGGACAGAGGGUGUUUUCCUGACUCGUUUACUUUCACCACCAUCUUGUGUGGGCUCUGCAAGGCUGGGAAGAUGGACGAGGCGGAGCUAGUUAUGGACGAGAUGAGAAGCAGGAUGAUACCACCUUACUUUGCAACAUCGAGCUUUCUGGCGCACGAGCUAUGCUUGCGAGGAAGCAUGGAGCGUGCCUUUCAGCUACUGGAGAUUAUGCCAGUUGCAAACUCUAGCGCCUACAACAUCGUCGUAGUGGCGCUUUGCAAGGCUGCCAGAGUGGACGAUGCCUUGGAGCUGGCGAGAACGAUGUCCGAGAAAAGAAUACCUCUCGCGGCCGGUUCUCUCGACUCUGUUCUUGUCGGGCUCAUGGAUUCCGGACGGAUAGACGAGGCGCUGCAAGUUUACAGGGAGAACAGGCGUGAGCCUUGUCUCGUCACCUUGAACGUGCUUCUCGAAGGAUUUUGCUCGCGAGGACAAGUCGACAAGGCUCGCGAGCUUCUCAGAGCGAUGCCCGACGAGGAGUGUGCUCCCGACGAAGUGUCCUACUGCACGGUUUUGGACGGGCUUUGCAAGGCCGGUCGCGUCGAGGAGGCAGUCCGGCUGUUUGGUGACAGAGAACUUCCGUCUAGUUCUUCUUCGAGUUCCUCGCCUCCAAGCCUCCGCGGAUACAAUAUCGUCAUCCUGGGACUGUGCCAAAACGAUAGAAUCGACGAGGCGGUCCAGAUGUUCGAGAAGAUGAACGAAAGAAACGUAUCACCGGAUAGCUGGAGCUAUGGUAUCCUCAUCGACGGCCUCGCCAAGGCAGGGAAACUUAACGACGCUCGCAACCUUUUCCAAAAGCUUCUACACUCGGGAGUGACUCCCUCGACGGUGGCCUACACGAGUCUCAUUCACGGGCUUUGCAUGGCCAACAGCUUCGACGAUGCUCGCGAGCUCUUCGCGGACAUGAACCGAAGAGGCUGCCCUCCAAGCCCGGUGACUUACAACGUUAUGAUCGACGCGAGCUGCAAGAGAGGAAUGCUGGAGGAGGCCUGCGACUUGAUUAAGAAGAUGAUAGAAGAUGGUCACGUCCCGGACGUGGUGACUUACAACACGGUCAUGGACGGGCUCUGCAAGUCCAGCCGAGUGGAAGAAGCUCUCCUCCUGUUCAACGAGAUGGAGCGCCUGGGCUGUACUCCAAACCGUCGCUCACACAACACUAUCAUCCUCGGCCUGUGCCAGCAGUCGAAGAUCGAUCAAGCCUGCCAAGUUUUCCACGAGAUGGAAGCGAAAGACAUACCACCGGAUAGCUGGAGCUAUGGAAUCCUCAUCGACGGCCUUGCCAAAGCUGGGAAGCUCAACGAGGCCUACAAGCUCUUCCAGAGGAUGCUCGACUCGGGCAUCACCCCCUCGGCCGUGACAUACAACGUCGUGAUCCACGGGAUGUGCUUGGCCUACACUCUGGACGAGGCACUGGAGCUCUUCAAGAGCAUGAGGAGCAAAGGCUGCCGCCCCAGCCGCUUCACCUUCAACAUCCUGAUCGACGCUCACUGCAAGAGAGGAAAGCUGGACGAGGCUUUCAGGCUGCUCAAGAGGAUGACCGACGAUGGCCACGUCCCGGACGUGGUGACUUACAGCACACUCAUCUCCGGGCUUUGCUCCAUCGCCAGAGUCGACGAUGCCCGCCACCUUUUGGAGGACAUGGUGAAGAGGCAGUGCAAGCCGACGGUCGUGACGCAAAACACUCUGAUUCACGGGCUGUGCAAGGCGGGCCGGAUCAAAGAAGCUCGAGAGGUGCUAGACGCGAUGGUUUCCAGCGGGCAAUCCCCGGACGUGGUGACUUACAACACGCUCGUCCACGGGCAUUGCCGGGCGGGGCAAACGGAGAGAGCCCGGGAGCUCCUCUCGGACAUGGUCGCCCGGGGGCUUGCUCCAAACGUGGUGACUUACACUGCGCUCGUCUCGGGGCUUUGCAAGGCCAACCGGCUACCGGAAGCUUGCGGGGUGUUCGCGCAGAUGAAGAGCUCCGGCUGCGCUCCAAACUUGUUCACGUACACUGCGCUGAUACUCGGGUUUUGCUCCGCGGGUCAGGUCGAUGGAGGUCUCAAGCUCUUCGGGGAGAUGGUCUGCGCAGGGAUCUCCCCCGACCACGUCGUGUAUGGGACGCUGGCAGCGGAGCUUUGCAAGAGCGGCAGGAGUGCUCGGGCGCUGGAGAUACUCCGCGAGGGGCGAGAGAGCUUGCGGAGCGAGGCGUGGGGUGACGAAGUGUAUCGCUUUGCCGUGGAUGGUUUGCUCGAGGCAGGGAAGAUGGAGAUGGCGCUGGGGUUUGUGAGGGAUAUGGUACGAGGUGGGCAGCUCCCGGCUCCGGAGAGGUGUGCUAGUUUGGUGGCGGGGCUUUGUAAAUCGGGGCAGGGAGGAGAGGCUCGAGCGGUGCUGGAGGAGAUUAUGGACUUGGCGUAUGGUGGGAAGGCACGAGGCAAGGCGGCCAAGUUUGUGGAAGAGAUGGUUGGCAAAGGAUAUGAGAUUGAAGAUGCAGUUUUGGGGCCUCUGAAGUAAAUUAAUUCUAGGUUUAAAGUUUAA